AAGAGGUAUUGUGGGAAUAGUGUGUGCUCCAUUGCUUGGCAACAGCAGGGUCAUAGUUCAGAGCGGAAACCAGGAAGUGAUCAGACCCCAUGGGGGAGAAGAACAGUACAGGGAUGGGCAUGUCAUGGAGUCUGAGGAAAAGCUCUCCUGGAUACAAGCUCAGUACACCAAGUACAUACCUCUCCUGAAGAGAUCAAAAGAUGACACCGCCAAACCAGGACGCACUUCAUCUGAAACCUACUCUGGCCUGGACAACGUAUUUGAUGACAGUGAAGAGUUCUCUCGUCUUCCAGAGGAAGUGACCCUUUUCAAGCCUCAGCUGACCGUUCUAAAAUAUUUCAUACAUCUCAGCAAAAAUGAGGGAGAGCAGAUUUCUUUACAAACGAUUGAUAAUCUCCUCGCCCAGGGAUCCAAUAUAAAUGACGUGGACAGACAUGGACAGACGGUGAUGCAUGAGGUAUGUAAAAGCUGGCACACAGAGGUUGCACUAUUCCUAAUCAAAAGACAUGCUGAUAUAAACAAGGCGGACCGCUAUGGAGUCACCCCGCUGCAUGUGGCCGCUGCAGUAGAUUACCCUGAUAUGGUCAAACUUUUAUUAAAGCAUGGAGCCAACAUUAAUGCACUAACAAGUGCUAAACAGAGUCCACUACAUUACGCCGCAAAAUAUGAUGCAGGGAAUUCAAUAAAGGUUCUGAUGAAGCAUCAAGCGGACGCUAAUGCCCGAGAUCACAAAGAACGAACUGCUCUGCACCUGGCUGCGGAACUAGAUCGCAGUGAAGCAGCCCGACUGCUCCUCAAUCUCAAAUGCGAUGCAAGCGUACAAGACGACACAGGGCUGUCCUGUCUAACAAUGAUGGUCGUGAACAUGCCUCCUGUGGCCUUCCUGGCUCUGGAUCAGUUUCACACUAAAGAUCGAGCAAACCGGAAGCAGCGCUAUUACCUAAACCAUUUGGAGCCACAGACCUCAGGUUUCGAAGGAACACAAGCCAAAUUGCCACUGGAAGUCAUCGUCCAAUCCCGACAACUAGACAUCAUCAUGCACCCGGUUAUCCAGAAAUUAAUUGAAGUAAAAUGGAAAUUUUUUGGCAGGAAGAAUAUCUGUAUAAUGCUGUCACUGAAUCUCCUAUUCAUCCUAACCUGGACCGCUCUGGGAAUCGCCUCCUCCCUGCCAAGACCAGAGGCUGCCCCUUACAAAUUUCCAGAGGACGUGUGGAGGAUCAUUAUCAUUUGCAUAGCUCUGGGCCUGACGUUAUAUCAGGUUGUGGAGGAAUUUAAAGAAAUCUAUCAGUCCAAGGUCAAGAUGAAACUGUGGAAAGAAUGGAGGAAAAAGGAGCUUGAGAGGGACCUAAAAUACUGUCAUCCGAUGUGGCCAGAGGAAAAAGAAUACUUGCAAAAGUGUAUUGACGACCUGCAGGAUAUUAACCCCGCUUACUUCAAAGAUUUCUGGAAUGUCUUCGACUGGAUUGUGUACUUUCUUCUUCUGGCUGUCAUCUGCACUCAUAUAGCUGAUAUAGUUGUGCAGAACAAUUUUGAUCUACACAUUUCUCAUGUCCGAGUUUUUGCAGUCACCAUUAUCUUUCUCUGGCUACGACUGAUGAAACACGCCAGAGCUAUCCGUCAAAUUGGUCCGUUCAUUGUGAUGCUGGGAAAGGUUGUGACAGACGUCCUAAAAUUCCUCUUUCUCUACGGAGAGUUUUACAUUCCCUACGCCUGUGCGUUCUGGAUCAUUUUCGGAGGUCUAGUAUCCAACAUGGCCACUGUACCUCAGAUGCUGUUCACCGUAUUCCGCAUCACGCUGGUUGAUGACUAUAACUUUGGAGACAUGUACGCUGUUGAUCCUGUCAUGGCCUAUAUACUGUGUGGAACAUUCUUAGGAGUCUCCUCCAUCCUCUGUAUAAACUUGCUCAUAGCGCUGCUUGCUGAUACAUUUCAAAGGGUCUACGAUAAUGCAACAGCAAAUGCAGCCAUGCAACAGGCAACCAUGCUGCUACAGAUAGAAGAAAACCUCAGCAAAAAGAAUAAAGCCAAGUUCGAGUACUACAUGCACACCAGCUGUGCCCCCCUGUCUAUCUUCUAUGACGAUGACCUCACCAUCGAACAAGAUGAUGACCUGAAAAAAGUCACCAUCCAAAUUAAGGAAGAAUUAGGGGAACUGAUGCAGAUGGUAAAAGAAGAGCAGCUAAAGAACGAGUUGUCGGGCAUGCAGAAAAAGAGGAGUAGCCAUGGAAACGGGAAAUCCAGCUCCAAACUGCAUCAGACCCAUAGCCCGCAGAGGACAACACUUCAGCCUCCAAGUUCAGAAAGUUCCCAGACAUUAAUGACGCUGAUAGCAAACCAGCAGGAACACAGCUCGGCUUUGGAGCAGAUGAACCAGAGGCUUCAGUCUUUAGAAAGGAUGAUUCGAUACAGCCUGCAAAAUAAUGCUCCACCAGGUUUGUCAUCUACAGCAGACUGGGGACAAGUAAACGUACAGACACUUACCGGGAUGUCAGGGAAUGGGGAACACCAUCCAGUGAUGGAAGACUUGCCGGCUCCGCUAACAGCAUGGCAGGGUAGAGAGGGCGACAGUGAUGUGAUGGUGGACAUUAUUGGCAGAACAAGAGAUCAGUCAUCAUACAACAAUGGACAGGGAAGCUCAACCUAUCUUUAGUCCGAAGGCCACAUUGUCAGAUUGUUCCAGUCCCAAGAGUAAUAUAUGGCUGCGACUCAGCUGGGGAUCAGUCAUAAGAUCUCGACUCCCCUUGAUGGACUCUACCAGUACGACUGCAUACAUCUCUACAGUCACUCAAUAUUCCUACUGGACUGAGAAUCUACACACCCACAUUUACAUAAAAGAGAAGAUUUUUUUCGGAACCGUUUUUCCUCCAGAUGAGCUGAAGUCGGAUAUUUUAAGAAGUUUUUGCUUGCAAAAUUCUUUGCGUUGUGUGUUAUUUCCGACAGAAAGAGCCAUAUUUCUCUCUACCUCUUUAUAUACAGAAUGCAGACUCUACUGGAGCUGCCAUCAUGGUGGUGCCUAGCAAGUUUUGUAAGACAAUAUAUUAGUCCUAUAUUAGUAAGGACUACUCUGGGAAUUACUUUGAGGGCAUCUGUCAGUGUCCAUGAAUGGGACGCAUGCCUACUGAAGUAAGUAAAAAGACUCUGGAACGGGACACAAAACUGGAAACCCAUUAAAAUAGGGGUGACCUUAAAAUAGUUUUCCCACCAUCUUAAUAUUCACAAAAUAUGAGAUAAUGGCGGAUAUCAAGCUUCAUAUCAAGCAAAAUCUGGAACCCAUUCUUAUCAUGGGAACAAGGCCCAGCGUACAGGAAUUACGUACUAUACACCGCCAGCCUGUCAUGUCUUCGAUCUCUAUGUGAAUAAACAUGGCAUGUAGGCCUCCUGCUCAGUGAAUAUAACUGAGCGGUGAUGUUUACAGCAUCGUCGCUUAUCUGGACAGCACACAUUCGCUGGGCAGGAUGCUCUGAAUUCGCUGGGCAGGAUUGGCCCAGCCAAUGUUCACUGAUCAGCAGGUUAUGCAGUGUAUGUCUCGCUGCUUGGCAAGUACAGAAGCAGAGACUCCUGUCUUUGAAAGGAGUCCCUGUAUUAAUUUGCCUAUAAUUGUGUUUACCAAUCAGUGCAUGUCCAGCUGUUGCAAAACUACAACUCCCAGCAUGCCCGGACAGCCUUCGGCUGUCCUGGCAUGCUGGGAGUUGUAGUUUUGCAACAGCUGAAGACACGCUGCUUGGAAAAUACUGGCCUAUAUUAAAGGGGUACUCCACUGGAAAACAUUUUUUUAAAUCAACUGGUGUCAGAAAAUUAAACAGAUGUGUAAAUUACUUCUAUUUGAAAAUCUUAAUCCUUCCACUACUUAUCAGCUGCUGUAUGCUCCACAAGAAGUUCUUUUCUUUUUGAAUUUCCUUUCUGUCUGACCACAGUGCUCUCUGCUGACACCUCUGUCCAUUUUAGGAACUGUCUAGAGUACAAGCAAAUCCCCAUAGCAAACUUCUCCUGCCCUGGAGAAUUCCUAAAAUUGA